CUGGUGACUCGAACCAAGAAGAUCUUUGUGGGAGGCCUGUCAGUGAACACAACCAUCGAGGACGUCAAGCAGUACUUUGACCAGUUUGGGAAGGUCGACGACGCCAUGCUCAUGUUCGACAAGACCACCAACAGACACAGAGGGUUUGGCUUCGUUACAUUUGAGAACGAGGACGUGGUGGAGAAAGUCUGCGAGAUCCACUUCCACGAGAUCAACAACAAAAUGGUGGAGUGUAAGAAAGCUCAGCCCAAGGAGGUGAUGUCCCCCACCGGCUCGGCCAGGGGGCGCUCUCGGGUGAUGCCCUAUGGGAUGGACGCCUUCAUGCUGGGCAUUGGUAUGCUGGGUUAUCCAGGCUUCCAGACUGCCACCUACACCAGUCGCAGCUACGCCGGCAUCACUCCGGGAUACACCUACCAGUUCCCUGAGUUCCACUUAGAGAGGACUCCCCUUCUGACUUCACCCCACCCCCCUGAGCUCACAGCCAUUCCUCUCACAGCGUACGGACCAAUGGCAGCAGCAGCGGCAGCGGCAGCAGUAGUCAGAGGCUCCACCCCGUCUCGCUCAGCUGGAUUUUUAGGUACUAGCAGCCCAGGUCCGAUGGCGGAGCUUUAUGGAACAGCCAGUCAGGAGUCGGCUGUCAGCAGUUACCUCAGUGCUGCGAGUCCCGCCCCGAGCACUGGAUUCAGCCAUAGUUUGGGGGGCCCUUUGAUUGCCACGGCCUUCACUAACGGCUAUCACUGAGAGUUGCAGAGCUGUAGACUGAGAGCUGGAAGGAGUUGAAGCUGCUUUGGAGCUGAUCUGGCCUGUCUCUGUCCAGUCCACGUCUCCAGCUGGGGUGGCUGAGCCUCUCACCCACCCCGGUGCCAGCCACAUCCAAGUCGGCCCUACUGACACCUCACUAAACGCCACCUCACUGGGGGGAAAAAAAAAAAAAGUUAAAAAAAAAACUUCACAAAAGGAGCGAAAAAGUUUAUCACUACAUGUAAUAGCGACACGUUCAGAUGCUGUAUUUCUUUUGUGUGUUUUUUUUUUGUUUUUCUGUUAUGUUUCACCUCGCUGUUAUUUUUGUGAUGACUGCGUUGUUUCUUUAUCUGUUUUGGCUGUGUUUUACUGGGUUAUUUGAAGUCUGUAACCUGAUCUCUCUGACGAGAGGAGUUAAAUCUCCAGGUGACGCCUGUUUGAAGGUCAGGAGUUGUAAUAUGUACUGGAAAACUGUAUAUUUGUCACUAGUUCAUACUGAAUUUUAACAUUUGGGAUUAAUACUAUUUCUUGAAAAUGUGUCACAAAAUGUAUAUCUUGGUAGGUUUUUAACAUCGACUUGUUACACUAAUAAUGGUCAGACGACAAAGGUCAUUAGUCACAGUUAUGUCAUAGGCCUUCAUGAGGUGUACAAUUUUGUAAAAUAUUGUAAAUAUGACUGGUUUCUGGGUGGGAGGGUUCUGCUGAUUUUUGUGUCUGGGAGGUGGGAGGCUUUUGGACAAAUUGCUUCUUUCAUCAAUCCUUAUGUGUUGGAAAGCUUGACUGUUACGUAUGAUAGUUUCACAUGGAGGGUCAAGAACAUUUCGGCUCGUCUGUCUACGUUAGACCAGCCAUGUGCUGUAUUUCUCUCCAGGCAUUUAUACACGAUGAUGUGUCAUGUGAGUCUUCUAUCAAAUUGAGAAGCUGCCUCAGAGAAGGAACACUCUGAGUCGAGCAGGAGAGAGGCUGGAUAAACAUUAAGUACUACUUUUUGGGGGAUAAGAGUGUGAAAACAAUCCUCUGUCAGGAGAGGAAAAAAACAUGCUAUUUUCUUACUUUAUCAUAUUGUUGUUUUAACUGUGAUUUUCAAUAAGUGAUGAUUGUUUGUGAAGGAAAAUGAAGGACGAGUAUGCUGGAGCAGUCACGCACACAUUAGUGAUGACUGAGUCCCUCUGCAGGUUGUGUUGAUGUUUGCGUGAGCUUGUCAUAUGGUUUUUACAUGUGCUGUUUGUUUUGUUUUGUUGUUUUUUUUGGGGGGGGGGGCGGUACCUCAGUUGCAAAUGUGAAAUUUUAAUCUGACUUUUAUAUUAUUACAUUAACAUCUAUGUUCAAGUGUGGAUGGUUGGGCCUUUUUCUAAAAAGGUGGCUUUUCCAAAAUGAAAGUCGGGGUCUCAUUAACUCUUGUUUACCUGUCACACCCCCCUCCAUCCAUCACUGCAUAUCCACUGGAGGUCACAGACUGUACUAAUGUGACGACUAUUUUUUAGACCAAAACAAUUAUUUUCAGAGCUACUAGGAUGUUGCACUG